CAGUGCUAACCAAUGGCUUUACAAGAAGGUCAAUAGUGCGACUUGGUUUGAAUGACAGAGUUGGGCUUUGUUUAAUUAAGAAUCUUGACAACGCAUUAUUAAUUAUUAUCGCUAGAGUUUAAUCCUUAUCUUGAUCAAAAAUUUUGAGAUAACGUUGGAUAAUAUGAACGAAGCACCGCAUUCUUACCAUGAUCAUACAGCUGGUUAUUCCAGUCAGAAUUCGAAUGCCGUUACUCCUCAGCAUGCGAGACCCCCGCUUAAGAAGAAAAGUUCGUGGACAAAACUCACAUCAAAAGCCAGACGUUUUAGUAUAAAACGUCGAAGAAACUCUUCAAAUCUUAGUGCGUCAGGGGAAAAUGCCCAAUUUCAGCAACAUUCUUCGUUAUGUGAUGAAAAGGGCCUAGAGGACUACACAGCUUGGUGUAAUCAUCAUUUAAUACGUGGAUUACAUCGGGAAAUAUCCACAGAUCUUAGAACAGCCGUUGGUGAUGGUACAACAUUAUUAAGUCUUGUGGAAUGUUUGACAAAGAAAACUGUUCCUGGCGUUAACCGUCAACCAGUUACCUGGUCAGAAAAACUUGACAAUAUUCAGACAUGUUUUCAAUUUCUUAAUUCCCAUGGAGUGCGAAUAACUGGGAUUUCACCUGAAGAUAUUAUUGAAGGCAAUUUAAAAUGUAUUCUGAGACUUUUCCAGUAUCUUGAAAGACAUUUCGAGGUUAGCCGAUAUUCAGUGGCUGAUAGAAAGUUAGAAACAUCACAAAGUCAUAUGAAUGGGCGCAUAAGUUCUGGUUACCAUAGUGAAGAUGACGCUUAUACUGAUGGGAGAACUACGCCGACAAUUGAGGCAUUACCAGGCCUCAUGAGCGGGAGCGACACGGAGUCUGAUUACGACAAGUGCCGUGAACUUGAGCCCUCAUUGCAAAACGAGAGAAGGCCAUCGUGGACUUCUGAAUUAUCUGAGCAUUCCAAAGUAGGGAUGUCUUUGGAUAACAUUGGAUACAUGCCCUCCUAUCCUUUGCACAAGAUGAGAUCGUCGGGUAGAUUUGAGAGUUACAAACAAAAAUCUUCCAAUGAUGAAAAAGAUUUUGUUUCAACAUCAAACGUAAGACUUCUCACUUCCAGACAAUCUGCCAAUUUUUAUUCCUCGAAGGAUGAGGGGGCACAUACUAGGGAUAACUAUGGAUUAGAGCUUGAAGACAACUCAUCAUUAGAUAGAGUAUCUCUAUCGUCUACAGCGACACCAAUACUACCCAAUCUAUCUUCCGCAUCAUCUUUUGAAUCUCUGCCGCUGGAUUUUUCAUCUGAUGUGUCCAGCGUGGUGGCUCAAGAUCGUUUUAAAACAUCGUCUAAAUUCUCCCAAGGUUUCCAAGAUACUUUCAAUGAAGACCGACACAAUUGCACCAUUCAACAAAAGAUUGAUGCAUUGAAUUCCAUGUACGAGAAAUUACUCCCACUUGUUGAUUCUGGCGAAGACAACAGACGAAAAUCAAAAGUUCCUUUGCCAAAACUGGCUAUUCUACAAGCGAAAAAAAAGAACUCGUACACUAAAAGAAUAAGAAAUUCAAAAUCUUUGAAUCGUCGCCUAAAUCACAUCGAGUCCAACGUCGUGACAUUAGCAAGAAACAUCGAUUAUCUCCGAUCUCAAAUACGAGGAGAAUCCAAAGUGAGGCAGGAGUUGGAAAGGAUUCAACAAGAUAUGAACGAAAUAAAAGAUUCCUUUUACAAUAUUAACUUUCGUCAUGAAGAUUUGCCUCGUUCACACAGUCAUGAUAAACGUAUGCGAAGUCUCGAUAAACUAAAGAGAUUCUUUGGUGAAGAACCACCUUUAAUGGAUAUUCUCUUGAAGAAGAUAGGCUAUGACCGAUUCAUUCCGCAUUUCAAAACGCAUCAAGUUGGUAUCCUUGAGUGGCCUUACAUGACGGAACAACGACUGCAUAACAUGGGAAUUCCUUUGGGACCACGAUUGAGAAUUCUUGAAGAAAUGCAGAAAGUUCGUUAAACAUCUGAUAAAUUUAGCGUUUUGCAAGUUAUGUCCGCCUCAAUCUCAAUAUAAUAUCAUUGCCGUACUUAAUAAGACUUUGCUUGUAGACGAUGUUUUUACACUGCUAUAUUGAACUUAUGUAUUACAUGAUCUAAAAGGAUUCAAACAAAUGUUCCACUGCAUAAUUGUAACUGCGAUAAAACUAUUUAAGUUUCUAUUUUGAACACAUUAACUACGAUUUCAUGAUACUGUUGAUACAUAACAGUUGUCUUUAACUUAAAGUUAAAUAUGAUCACAAUAUAUCGUACUCGAAAAUUUUUUGAUUGUUUGAAGAAAAGAACAUUUGGUCACUGGAAUGAAAUAGGAACAAUUAACGUACACUUUUUGUUCUUUGCUAAACUCAGGAAAAGUGUAAAUCUUUUAAAGAGGUUGAUGGCAAUCGUUUAAGAAAGAUGACUCGACAGAACUCUUUCUAUUUUCUACAAGUAUAACGCUUUAUUGAAUUGAAUAAUUAUUAUUAACAUUGGUAUUUUAAACAUUAUAUAGACUUGAAAGAACUUUAAAUGUAGUUCUGUCCCAGCAUAACGCCAAAGUUGAA